GCGCGCUGAGCUUACGCGCGUAUCCGUGUAAUAUGCGUCGGUGGUGAAGUGGCUGUGAAGUGUACGAUAUCGAUUUUGUACAAAGACCCGUGAUCUGUGCUUACACUGCGAAAAUGAGGUCUUGCUGCGCUGUGGCGCUUUUUACCCUAGCGAUUAUAACAGAAUGUUUCGGCGCCCAGUCCGACCGCUCCCGGUCGAGAUCCGGCCCGAUCCGCAGCGUGCCCGUAGCGGCCGACAUCAAACGGGACGUGGACUUCGACUGUCCUGAGGAGUUCGGCUACUAUCCCCACCCCACCGACUGCACAUUGUACUAUGUCUGCGUGUUUGGCGGCGCACUACUCGAGUCAUGCACUGGUGGCCUUAUGUACAGCCACGAGCUCCAAACGUGUGAUUGGCCGCGCAACGUAGGCUGUGACGGCACCAGCGCGGUCGGCGGUGAGGAGUUGGAGAGGAUCAACGAACGCGAUCCCCCCCCUCCGCCUCCGCCACCGCCCCGCCGCACACCCCCGCCGCCACCGCCGCGUGCUCAACCCAACCCCGUCGUUACCUCAAGAGGACAGCCUAAAUUCAGCCGACAAGAAUACGAAAAGCAACAACAACUUUACGCGGAAGUAGACGACCUACCACCCGUCGAGGAAAUUGAAAGUGACAGACAGCAACGCGUUUACCGAGGACAGCCUCCUACUAUAGGACAAGUUCAAAAGGACAGAGAUGGCUACGGAGCUCAACAAAUCAGUUCCGGAAGAAAUCUGAAUUCUAACAUUAUUCCUGCGUCGAUACCUCAGAACAAUGGUAAAAUAGGCUCCUUCUCAUUCGGCUCACAAGUCGAUGAACGACGAACUGCUACGGUUACCCCGGCACCCCAAUCUUACAGAACCAAUGGUAUUUUUAGCUUGGAACCGACAGAAAGCGUAGCUCCAGUUUCCUACUCAGCAAGUCCCCGACCGAAGAUGUUAUACAAUGGAUCUCAAAACUAUAGUCCCGAUCAAUACGACCCCUUCUACGCUGUGUAUGAUGAAGAUGGUGAAUUGUACAAAGAUACAGACUACGUUCAGCAAUAUAACACGGCUUCGCUCCGCCCAGCUGUUCAGCAGACCUACCGAGGCACCCCGCCCCCCGCACCUGCCAGGAGACCUGUGGAGACCUAUACGCCGAGGCCAGAACCUGCUGACUAUGAUGAUGAACUUAUACAGCCUCAGAUAAACAACCAGAACCAAUACCAAGCACCAAUUCGCCAUUCGACAAGGGGCGAAGGUAAUGAAUUGGGGUACGAUCAUAACCCAAGCAGCGUGAGGACGACUUUGUACGAAGCCACCACUCAAAGCACUACUCCUCCCACUACUAGCACCAGCACGACCACAAAACGCCCUACUACAGCACCCUACACUGAAGCAAUGACCCCGUCUCGAUAUACCCCAAGAUCAUCCACAGAUGAAAGUCCAAUUCCUGAAUCCUCUUCAAAACCUUCAGACGAUGUAUCGUCGGUUCCUACCACGCCAUCAUCCACAAUAAACUUUUCCUCUCUUGCCAAACCUUUUGAAAAGACUGACAAUGUGUUUAGAUUAAAAGAGACGAUAUCCUCGACUGAAACGCUUCCAACCUCAUCAAGACGUUCUUCUGAAGUGACUAACAAUAAUAAUGUGGAAGUGGUAAGAUCCAAGUCCAACAGAAAUAAUAAAAAAGUGUCACUAACAUCAGGUUUUUCAAUCAGACGUAAUCCUAAUAAUACCAAUAAUCCUUAUACGUUGACUGUUCUAACGCGACCUUUAGAAGAUUUCGAUAAGGCUCGGAAACCCAGUAGUCGCGGUGAUCGCGGUAAUGUUAGUAGGCAGAGGCAAUCGGAUAGGUAUUAUUACGAUAGUAGCAGUAACAGCAAGGACGCGUCAGUUGAACCUGUAGUUGAAUCAAAUAGUAAAUACGAAACGUCAUCCGAGAACUCCAUGCGUAGAAAUGAUUUCGGCCCUGAUAACAGCGAAGAUGACUAUGAUAUACCGGUCUUUACAAGACCAACAAGUAGAACGAAAACAGCGAAGUCUAGAAUUAGGACCACGACGAUCCCCUCAACAACAUCGACAAAGUACCACAUAAAGACCGUCAAUACACGGCCUACUCCAUUUUCUUAUAAUAAUCAAGAAAUUGUUGACUCCACAGAAAAUGCUAUUAAUACUGAGGCAUUGAUUGAGACUGGUUUACAAAACGCUCGUGUUAUUGAGCUAUCAACCGAAGCUCUAAAUAACACAUUAAAUGAGCAACUACCGACAAGAGAAUAUGAUAGCUCUCAAUACGUUUGGACCGAACCUCCUGUUUCGCCUUUCAAAACGUUAGAUAAUUUACGUAAUACCUAUAGGAACUUUGAAUCACGUGAACACACUACCUCUACUACAUCUACUACUGUAUCUACUACAACUACACAUAGGCCGACUAGAAUACGCAAUGUCAAAAAACAAAAACAUUCGCGUAAACCUUCCUACUAUAGUUACAGAUUAGAGGACGAAAGUGUCCCUGAUCAAACUACAGAAAUAUUUAACGGUAAAGUUAAAACGGUCAUCAAAGCUUUCUUGAACAAUUUUGUAAGUUCACCAGAACCACAAAUUGUUGUAGAUUUCUCGACAACAGCAACAACACCAAAACCUACAACGCCUAUACAAAGAACCGAUGAUGAAAUAGUUAACAUAGGAUUCCAGAAGAAAACGUUGAAGUAUGUGGAUGAAAAACCUUUGCGCAGCAAUGUGAAACGUCUACAAAUAAUAACAGAACAGCCUUUAAGCAGGUUUGUAACUCCGAGUCCUGAAUCUAUUAGCUUCACCGAGGAGAGCGAAGUUAAAGAUUUUUCAUCGACAACUACAACUAUGACCACAAUGAGUAGCACUCCCUUCGCUUACACCAAUCUACCAACAUCUCCAAUGGCGAUUCUCAGUUCAACCAGUGAUCUUAGGAACAUACCUAGUAGGGAUCCCUAUCAAUCUAAAUUCAGUAGUUUCAUAACUAACAAACCAGAAAAUGAAGGCUCGCUCAAAUUCCAAAAUAUUAUCAAUGAAGCUCCGUCUACUGAAAGUAACAUUCGGGAAAUGGACGUUAAUGAUGAAGUAGUUAUUCAGACCACGCAAUCCGUUGUGGAGGAUAAAGCUUCAACUGAGACUGAAAGGCGACCUAGCAUACUCGAGAGCGAAAUCGCAUCGACGACAAGUACUACGAAAUCGACUACGACUAUGAAGAUUGAACCGACGACUUCAACGACUAAAAGUAUAUCCUUUCCACCGCGAGCCUCACGAGUCAAUCCCGCCAUAAAGUUAGCUGCGACAAACCCAGGAGGUGGGCGCAGGAGUUACCAAUCGUCGUCCAAAUGCUCAUCAGACAACAGUCUGCAAGCGAACCCAAAAUGCAACGAAAUCAAAUACCAGAGGCCAACGAGUACGCGAGGCCGCGGCUCUGCGCACUACUCCACAGCGAGCGAAGCGCAGUCGCCGCAACCAGCGCCCAACAGGGGAACACCACCAACUCGCAGCCGACCAACAUUGAAGCCAUCGACGGCUAUUGUCUCCAAAACGACUGAGUUUGUUGACAUCUACGCACACCCACCGACCAGGCCUGACCCAGUGUACCCUCAGCCCACUCCUGAUAAGACUGCAGCCAAGUGCAGGAAGGAUGUAUGUCUUCUACCUGACUGCUACUGCGGUGGCAAGGAAAUACCUGGCGACUUGCCGGUGGAACAGGUGCCUCAGAUUGUUCUACUGACCUUCGACGACUCUGUAAACGACUUGAACAAGGGUCUGUACGCUGACCUGUUUGAGAAGGGCCGCGUCAAUCCUAACGGCUGCCCCAUCUCCGCAACAUUUUACGUGUCCCACGAGUGGACCGAUUACAGUCAAGUACAGAACCUUUACUCCGCUGGACACGAGAUGGCAUCACACACUAUUUCCCAUAGUUUUGGAGAACAGUUCUCUCAAAAGAAAUGGUACAGAGAAGUGGGUGGCCAGAGAGAAAUCUUAGCUGCUUAUGGUGGAGUUAAACUUGAAGAUGUGAGAGGAAUGAGAGCGCCUUUCCUUUCCGUCGGUGGCAACAAGAUGUUCAAAAUGUUGUACGAUGCAAACUUCACUUACGAUUCGUCUCUACCCGUUUACGAGAACAGACCGCCUAGCUGGCCAUACACUCUUGAUUACAAAUUGUUCCACGAUUGUAUGAUACCACCUUGUCCUACAAAGUCUUACCCAGGUGUAUGGGAGGUACCCAUGGUGAUGUGGCAAGAUCUGAACGGUGGACGUUGUUCCAUGGGUGACGCUUGCGCCAAUCCUCCUGAAGCCGAGAAUGUGUACAAGAUGAUACUGAAGAACUUCGAUAGACAUUAUACUACUAACAGGGCACCCUUCGGCCUCUAUUACCACGCUGCCUGGUUCACACAACCCCAUCACAAGGAAGGGUUCAUCAUGUUCCUGGACUUCAUUAACCAGAUGCAAGAUGUGUGGAUCGUCACCAACUGGCAGGCGUUGCAGUGGGUCAGGGACCCCACGCCUAUCAACAGGCUCAACAAUUUCCAGCCGUUCCAGUGCAAUUAUCAGGACCGGCCUAAGAAAUGCAACAACCCUAAAGUAUGCAACCUCUGGCACAAAUCUGGAGUCAGAUACAUGAGAACGUGUCAACCGUGUCCCGAAGUCUACCCCUGGACCGGCAAAUCUGGCAUCAGAUCUUCACGUAUAGACAACGACAUUGGAGAAUAAGCGGAUUAGUUACUAUAGCAUAAUAAUACCAUUCUCGAUAUUACAGUAAAAGUUGAUUGUUGGUACAUCAAAUGUAUCAAUUUAACGAGGCAAGGAAGGUUUCGUUUACUCACAGUAGAAAUUGUUUUGUCACCAACUGAAGAGUGCCAUGUAGAUAUCGAUGGUCACAAAGCAUACGAUGACAAUUUCAUAGUAACGAGGAUGUUCGUUACAAUUCUCUAAAUACGUCCUAAAUGUAUUGGAAACUGUGAUAUUAAGUGUUUUCAAUCGUCUAGUGUGAAGACAGCGUCGAUUUCAUUAGUUGUAGUUGCAUGAUCUACUUGUAACAAUACUCGUGCAAUGUUUUUUUGCAAUAUUAAUAUUUCCUAUUUUGUGUUCGUUUUAGUUUGUAAUCCUUAAAUUAAUGCAGAUGUUUUGUUUAGUUAGAAGUUUUUGUAUGUCAUAAUCGUGAUAAUCAAUUUACAGUCUCCAGUAUUUAUCUCAUACAUACAUCCUAAAAAUGAUUACCAUUUUCCGAGUAAUUUUAAACGAAAGCCAUAUUAAAAUUUAGAAAAUAUGUUUUUCUAAUCUUGCCAGCUUCGUGGUUGACACUGCCUUUUAUAAUUUGUAAAUAUAGAUGUAGUUAGCGAGUAAAAUUUAGUUUAGGGUUGUAUGUACGUCCUCGUUGUGGUUUUUAUCCAAGUCCUAAAAAGUACCUUAUAAGAUUAAAAUUUUGGAUUCCUUCACUUGCAAAAAUAGCCAAUUGGUUUGGACACUAAAGUGUGUAGUGUGUAGCAUUGUGUAGACGUCUGUCCACAUCGCAUUUGUGUUCAUCUGUGAUGUUGCACAUGUCUAUACAACUGUUGAUUCAUCCGAGGACGUAUUAUAAAGCAAAAUAAUUAUUGAUAGGCGAAUUCCCGUUUGAGUCAUUAUCCUUUUUUUACCUAGCUUAAAUCUUGUGCUUCUUUAUCAAAAUUCUUGACCAUGACUCCAACGGUAAAUUCAAUCUUCACUCUAUUAGAAUUAAAGCUUCGGUUUGCUAUUGCAACUGAAGUUAUUGGAAGCGCUUGCUACGAAUCUUAUUUAAAAACUUAUUCAUUAUUUAAUAAGCUCUACUGUAAAUAUAGGAUUAGUAUUUAAAAUUGGUAGUUUCACUUUUUUAUCAUCGUCUCGGCUAGAACAAUGUAUCUCGGACAUGACUCCGCACUCAGGUCGUAGUGCAAAACUUUAGAACAAGUUGAUUUUGUAUUUUGUAUCGGCAACAUUAUUUAUAUUGUACAAGAACUGUAACACUUUUUGUGACCAGUGCUGAAUAAUAAAAUGCUAUAAAUA